AGCACUAUACUACAGUUUCUACUAUACUAAUACUAGCUCUCAGAAGAGAGAACCAAUAAGAACGAUGGGUAGAGGUCCAAGGUGUUCUAAGGAUGGACUCAACAAAGGAGCUUGGUUGGAAGCUGAAGAUAAAUUGCUCUUGGGUUACAUCAAGAACCAUGGUGAAGGCAAAUGGAGCAAUGUCGCUAAGGAAACAGGUCUAAAGAGAUGUGGGAAGAGCUGCCGACUUCGUUGGAUGAACUAUCUGAGACCUGAUAUUAAGAGGGGCAGCAUUUCUGAUGAUGAAGAAGAACUAAUCAUCAGACUCCAUAAGCUCCUAGGCAACAGAUGGUCUCUGAUAGCCGGAAGACUUCCCGGGCGAACAGACAAUGAAAUCAAGAAUUACUGGAACUCCAACUUGGCCAAGAAAAUGGCACAAGCUGCAGCUCAAACUUCAUCUCAGUCCAAAUGCAAUAAUGCAAUUGUCCAAAGAACCCCUGACGGGACACAGCCACAACAGCAAUACAGUAGGGUCAACACUGUCAUUCCAACACAGCCACCACCUGCUACAGCUGCUGCAGCAGCUAGUCCUGUUCAUCAUAGAAGCCUUAAUGACUUCUCUAAUAGUGUAGCCAUGAAUAAUACCAACGACUUGGUCAAGGCUAUUAAUUCUGUCGACUCCCAUAUGUCCAGGGAAGAUGGUUCACCAUCUACAACAACUACUACUAAUACUACUGGCGAUGGUGAUGAUCGUUUGGGAAGUUCGCCGACGAAUUUUAUGUUGGACUUCAACACUGAUGAUCAUGAGGACUUCUGCAAAAUACUGGACUGUGACUUUGCGAAUCUGAACAGUGCCAUUGAUGGAGAUGAUGAUCAUCAGGGCAGUCCGGUUUUAGAACUACCUAAGCAGAUGAUGGACAAGAAUAUGCAAGCUGCUGAUUUUGGGUCUCUGGCUUCAUUUCUGGAGUCUGAUGAGGAUUGGCUUGGGAAUGAUCUAAAUGUCAUGUUGAGUUAAUUAGCUUUGUGGUUGUACGGUCACAGAUAUCUAUCUCUAUAUAUAUGUGUGUGCUUACUAUAAUCAGCUUCUAGAUUCAGUAAUUAGAUAAAUAUUUAUGCUGUAGCUAG